AUGCAGAACCAAAAAAGGGUACUCUGCCCUGAAAAUGAAGACCUUGCAUCUUACAUGCUACAAAAGAGGCAAGAAUUGGCACAAAGCCCUAAAGGGUUAUCAGAGAACUUGGACAAGACUAUUUCCAAGGCUUAUAAUAGUGUCUGUUGUUCAACGACUCCUAUCAAGACCCUCAAAGAUUUCUCUCAAAUUAAGGGUGUAGGUAAAUGGAUUGUGAGGCUAAUGCAAGGGUUUUUUGAUAACGGUUCAGGAAGUUCUGAACCAGAAGACUUGACCAAAAAGGGUAAGAGAGCACAAGUGGCAAAACGUUAUCUGCCACAAAGGAAUUCUGUGGCAUAUGCAUUGCUGAUUACCCUGUACAGGGAGACUGUAAAUGGUAAAGAAUUUAUGCGUAAACAGGAGCUAAUUGAUGCUGCUGAAGUGAGCGGACUUUCUCAGGCGCCGAUUCUGCCAGAGAAGGGGAAAGGGAAACCUUCACAAUUUGGAAGUUCUCGAAGUGAGUGGUACAGUGGAUGGAGUUGCAUGACGAAAUUGAUAAACAAAGGAUUAGUUGUUAAAUCAAGUUGCCCUGCCAAGUAUGGCUUUCUUUUUGUAUCUUCUAUUCAUCCUUUACAUGUAUGGUCUAUAAUUUGUUGGGCCAAGUACGAUGGGCUUGUAACCAAGCAGGAAAUUAAGGUGGUUGGUUUGGAUUGA